AUGCAGUCCAAGAUUCGCUUCUUGGUCUUGGCCCUUGUUAAUGCUAAUCUCGCUAUUGCUGGUCCCUGCAAGCCCAGUCGUCCAACCACAGUGAGCAGUGUCUCCCUUGAAACCUCUGUUACGACCGACGGUAUUUCCGAAAGCUUGAGCGAUGUUCUAAAUAGCCAAACAACAAUCCGUACUCUCUCAGCCGAAUCAUCUGUCGCGACUACUGAGAGCGACGACACCACUGGUCUAUCGAGCAGCCACACAAGUGACGACGGCGACCCUUUCACGGCAUCUGCCCCAACCAGCGACGUCCCAAGUUUAACUUUGACUGUUCCCCAAUCAUCAACAACAACUGAAGAGGAAGUCAUCACAACCCUGGCCAACGCUCUCGCAGGGGGUGCUUUUGCUAGCCGUGAUCCCGACAGUCCAAGCGGCCUAAAAGACUUUGGUGCAACUGGAAACGCCGAAUUCCAUUCUGGAGGAUGUUACAAAGCAGACGGUAGCCCCGAUGAUGGCUGCGCUUCUUUGACAGCUGGUGAAAGCCCGAAUGGCAAGCGAGGCUUUUUCAGUAGACUUGCAAGUAUCUACCAGACUAUCAGGGCUGCACCUCGAAAGAAGUACACCAUCCAGUUUGUGUACCUUGUCAACUCGGCCGGUUCUCAGGACUGUGUUGUGACUGCGGCAUUUGGCGACAGACAGUUCUAUUCUCUACCUGCUACCAGCUCUGGAGGUACAAUAGUCAACUGGGCUAGAGUGCUUGAGCAGGUUGUCACUGUCAAUGCGAACCCUACCUUUGCUAUCUCCUUGGAAUGCACUGGUUCUGGCUAUUCGUCCAUUUUGGUUGACUCAAUCUUCAUCUCGGAUAAAGUCACCCCUGAGACUAUUGGUAACUACCAUCUUGAGUUUGGUUCGUAUCCUGAAUUGGAGACUACGUCUUCAAGGAACCAGGAGCCGAGUCAAACAACGUCAACUGAGGGAUCAAGCAGCACCAGUACUGUUGAGGUUGUUUCCACAACUGACAUCAAGUCCACCGAAUCUGCACAGCACACAUCUCAAGCUGACAAAACAACAUCAACAUCUGAACCCACGGCAACGUCCAAGUGCGCAGUACAAUGUAAUCUCAUUCCUGGCUUCCAGAAUAAUGACAUGUGCAACCUCGUCGGCGUAUUCAUCAAGACUGAUGCCAUCUACGGAUUCCCCGGUGACGAUAAUCCUGCAACCCAGCACCGCUCUAAAUCCAUCGCGGAGUGCGCUGAGUUCUGUAAGAGAGAUAUGCCGGGUUGCAAAUCAGUUGGGUUCCAGAAACUAUCCGGCCAAUGUUUCUUCUCCAACACGAUCGUUACUCGGGAUGAUAUACGCGAUGGAAGCGAUAGCAAGAUGGCUGAUUGGUACAAUCUUGAGGGAUGUUUCACUUGUAGUGUCAGCGGCUGCGACUCUAGCACGUCUACACCUAAGAUCCCUUCCACCACUCAAGCUCCGGCGGUCUCUCACACCACUACAACCGCUUCGCCCACACAAUCUGUCUGCAAGCCUACAUGCCAGAGAAUCCAAGACUUGUCUGAACAUGAGGAUUGGAACUGUGGUCUUUAUGGUCAUGUCAGCGACGGUGUAUACACCCUGCCUGGUGAUGAAGAACCCGGAGGAAGCAACCACCAUUUCGACAACGUGGCACAAUGCGCCGAGGUCUGCAGGACUCUGCCUGAUUGUGUUUCUGCUGGAUACCAAUUCGCUUCUGGAAGGUGUUUCUUCUCCAACGCCGAGGUGACCGAAGUAGAACGAGCAGGUGACAGUCAGUCUGCUGACUGGAACAGCUUGAAGUGCUUUACGUGUUCAGGCUGUGGGCUUGAUGAUACCUCUACAUCUGAGGCCCCUACGCUUCAGCCAUCUGCAUCUGAGACUCCUACCAGCUUGAUCACCACUACCAGAGCCUCCCAACCAACUAGUGCUUGCCACAACAGCCACGGCGAAGUAUGCGAGAUUAACCACUUCGGUGUUGAAAACAACCCCUAUGUCUGUAUCACAGGCGGCAGUUUUUCGGGCGAUAGCUGGACAGAACCUCGUUCCAAGUAUCCCAUGCAGGAGAGCGCUGAACAAUGCGCAGCCAUAUGCAACACGCUUGAAGGUUGUGAAACCUCUGCAUUCUGGGGUUCCGAAAACCACUGCAUCUUCACAUCGACAAAGAUAACAGCCUCUGAUCUUACAGAAGCUGACCCAAGCUAUGACGAUCCUAGUUUCGAUCCGAAAAUCGCUGGCUGGAGCCAUAAAUCCUGCUGGACAUGUCCGGCUUGCGUCCCCAACAAUAGUCCUCUUCCAAAGAGUCCGACGUGUAACUAUAAGCAAGGCGACUCAUGCACACGUUCAACCACAGCGGCGGGCGUUUGCAAUGUUUCAGGAUGGCUAACAACUGGAUAUCACUCCAUGGGAUCUUCGUGGUACCCUGAUCAGGGCACGAGUGGAAAGUGUGCUGCUAUUUGUCGGGCGAGCAGUCGGUGUGUGGGAUCAACUGUCAUAGGCGGGCAAUGCUAUUUCGCCGAUAAUGCUCUUACGGCGGCUUCUAUUGUCGCGAGACCGAAUAGUAACAAUAUCUGGGAUGAACCGUCGUGCUGGGAUUGUCCUGGCUGUCAUACUUAG